AAGUGGGGUUUUUUAUUUGUGCUGCGGAGUGAGAUAUGUUUCCAUAGACGAUCCUUAUCGAGCUAAGACUGACGUGUGGAAUGACGCGUGAUGCGUUCACGUGGUCAGAUCGUUUUCCUGAUUAUUUAUUGUGUAUUUAUAAAAUGCAGAUAAAAUCGUUUUAAAUUUUAUUAAUGGUGUUUCUUUCUCUGUUUUGUGCUUUAAAAACACAGUGUGUAGAUUUCUGCAAUCAUUUUUUAUAUUUAGUUGUGUCCGGUCAUCAGUGAGCGGUUCCAGUUGUUCCUACCGUCCCUGAAUGCAGCAGAGAUCAGGAUACAUCUUUGAUAUCGUCUCAUACAUUUCAUUGAUUGGUUUGAAGUCAUUUAAUUGAUGAAUUUAUCUCAUUUAUUGUUGUUUCUUUCUCCUUUAAACAAAUAAACUAACUGGCAGUGACGUUUGACUCAACUUUAAUUUGAAAGUGCUGCACUUCCGGUUAGGCAGCCGUUUCCAUAGCGACGCAGCAGCGGACACGGAGGCAGUUUGUUCCUGUUGCUUUAGUUUGAAAGUUUCUGUGAAAGGUCAGAGGUCAACUACUGUCACAACAACAACAAACCAACGACAACAACAACAACAUGUCCUCACACAGGAUGGGUGUAGUCAGAGACUCCAUGUUGACCAAUCCACUGAUGACCAAGGUGUCUCUUGGUCAGUCCAGGUCCAGAGGUUUUUUACUUCCUGGUCCAGAUUUUACUUUUGGAACCAGCAGCAGCUUGAUGCAGAAUGGAGGCGUGGCCGAGGUUCUGUCCAGCUGGAGGGUUCAGCCCAGAGGUGAAGCCGCGGAUCCUCACAAGGUUCUGGUUCCGGACUUCGUGUCCCUGAACCGGAACGCGGUGAAGGCGGGACUGGUCACGUCCAAUGAGCUGCGUCAGUACCGGGCCCAGGUGGGGGGGGGCAAGACAAAACAUCCGGCACCCAAACUGCAGGAGGGCGGGGCUUCACAGAAGCUGGUAGUUCCUGACAUCACAACCAGGGAUGUGUCCGUCAGGCCCGCCUCUCCUCUGUCACACCUCCUCUCUCAUCAGUACGCUCACCGCUGGAAGGAGGAGCAGCUGAGCAGGAUUCAAACCAGCAACCACAACCAGCAGCUCAGGACUAAACCAGGUUCCGACACCAGGACCAGUCUUCUGAGGAGGAGCAGACCACUUCCUGUCCUGCGAUCCCAGGUCACAUGGAAGCACUUCAACCAGGUGCCUCCUGCUGUCAGCAGCUUCAGGGACCAGCAGGAAACAGCAGGGGGCAGCAGGGGCAACAGGGACCAGCAGGGGGCAGAUCCAGCAGGAACCAGCAGGGGGCAACAGGGACCAACAGGGACCAGCCGGGACCAGCAGGGGACAGCAGGGACCAGCAGGGACCAGCAGGGGGCAGCAGGGACCAACAGGGACCACCAGGAACCAGAAGGGCCCAGCAAGGACCAGCAGGGACCAACAGGGACCAACAGGGACCAGCAGGGGGCAACAGGAUCCAGCAGGAACCAGCAGGGACCAACAGGGACCAGCAGGGGGCACCAGGGGGCAGCAGGCUCCGAGGACUGA